CCCAAACCCAAUUCAGCUCUCGUAUUCCACCUCCCGAACCGCUCAAACAAAAAACCGCGCAUCUAGCCUCUCAAAAUGCCCGUCUACGACCACCCAGCCACAUCGCCACUCCUCCAGCAAGCGCUCCAAGAAACGCUCCCGCACAGCAUCAACCUCGUCUACCGCACUACGCACGCCAACCGCACACCGGACGCACACAUCCUCGCCACAUUCUCGCCUUCCGACAAAGCAGCUCCAAAAUGCUGGGCAGUCGCCUACCUCGACCGGUCGAUGCGGCCCGAAACCGAGCUCUGGAUAUUUGCUGCUGGGGAGAUGCCAGGCCAUUCCGGCUCGGGCGAGGCCUUUUGUUCGACGUGCACAACAGCAGUGCUUUCGCUACUUGAUUAUAUGUCUGCGCUUCCUGUGCCCCCUCUGCACCCGGAAAAUCUACCUGCGCUCGAACUGGGCAAGUUGCACGAGAAAACAUAUCCGGAGACCGGGCCACAUGUUCGAUACCCACCCAAUCCGGGGGCGUACAUGCGACAUCUGCUUCUCCCUUCUGUUGUUGUGCUAGGAGCAUGUCAUCACCAGGUUGUGCAGGUAUGCGAAAGCGCCGGGCUCUUACGCAUGGAGUUUCCGGGACGUGAUGCAGAGCUGAACAAGUUUCUAUUUCGUGUUUCGGAUUUACCACAGACGCGAGAACUGCCUGACGGACUUCGCUGGGGUGAAAUGAGGGCGAAAGACAUUUCCAUGGUGCAGUCGCGUACCUCUAUUCCGCGAGCGACGAGGACGUUGCUCUCGCUCAAGAGCGUCGGCGUGUUCAAGAACGAAACAGAUACGCCAGUGGCAUGGGCGUUCCUUGGGCUUGACGGGUCACUUACCACUCUGCAUACCGAGCCAGAGUAUCGGGGAAAUGGAAUUGCAAAGGCAGUGGCAGCUAAGAUUUUCCGGGACUAUGCACCCGAUGUCGCGGUGGAUGAAGAAGGUAAUGCGUGGGCACAUGCUGAUGUGUAUGUCGGCAACUCGCAGAGCGAGAGCGUAUGUAGGAGCCUUGGGGGAAGGGCUUUUACAAAGAUAUUCUGGGUGAGGAUAGACUUUGCGAGGGCAGGCACACUGGUUAGGGCGGAUGCACAGGAGCUGCGGUGAUCAUGAAUGGUGUGCACAAUCAUGGGAUCGGCGCACAUUUGUGGAUAUCUGAAUGCAUCGUCAGCUUCGGCGUCUAGGGUCUAGAAGACUUGAGCCAUGAAUGAUGCAAGUGCUCAUUAAAAAAUUAGAGUGUUGUUGCGUUUUUGAUCCUCACAGAGAGUCUCAGGGUUAAAAAAAUUAUAAUCAUUGCGAAGGGUUUG